GAGUUUUGUGGCAGUAUUUGCUUGAUCGGUCUGAUCUGCGGUGCUGACCCGCUGGCUGGGGGAUCCAGCGGGUCAUAGAGCCGCGAUGACAGGCGGGAUCGAUUGUGGAGGAGCUUUUUCAGAUACUUCGUUAAUUCCCAUAAGUGCAGCAGUGGAGGAAACCGUAUAGAAAUAAUUGUGAGAUAUUAUUACGGAGUAAACGUGUGUCCCCAGUAGAUAUGGUCUAAAUGACAGUUUCAUAAUAAACCUGUAAUUAUCAGCUUUAAAAGUCCGAAUUGUCAGUAGACUGUCUGUAGAACGGGAAAGCAGAUCAGGUAGGAGACAUCAACUAAUCAACAGACAAUCAAUUAAGCAGUGGCUAAUUGAUAGUCCACAUGACAGUCUUUAUCCAAACUCAGCCAUCAUUAGCACCAUUACGCAUGUCGCUGGCUCUGCCUCUGCAUGAAUAAUAACGGAGGGAGAGUCUCACAGAUGGAAGCAGAGACUGAGCUGAUGUGUCAGUCCUUGAACCUCAAACCACUCACAGCAGGCAGGCGGCCUGAGGGCAAACUGGAUCCGCUCCUGCAGCACAUCCAGCUGUCUGAUAGGCGUCUCUCUUUUCCUGUCCUCCCAGGAGCUGCUUUUUUUGGUCUCAAAGUUGGUUAGUUGGCAGUUUGGACCGUUUCCCACCCUUUAUUGAAGAUUAAUUCCCAAUUUCUUUCUUGCAUCACAGCUUUUUGAGAAUAUAGGAUGCAGGUUUUUACACCAUGGGAGCUCAAACUCAGUGGAGUGAAGCUGUCUUCAUGUGUUUCUAGUUUGAUUACAAAUGGCAGCCUGCUUAUCUGACAAAGCUGGAACCUGGAUCUCCCACACAGGAAAUCAAACUUCAGCCUCUGUGCCACUGGAGAUAGUAGCUGGCAGAGAAAACAGUCUCUGCCGGCCAAGAGAUUUACGUGGGCUUACACAGCUUCAGCGAGAGCCGCUCUGCCUUCAGACCUCUCCUCAGUGAACGCAACUCGCCACAUGGACAAACCAAAUCUGAACCAGGCCUUCCCACCGAGGAUGCUUGAACACCAGUGGGUCAGCUGGAGGCAAAUCCAACCAGUCCAUGAUUCAGCAGAAGAGAAUAUGAAAUCACACUUCCUGCAGAGCUGAUCAUGCUACAAGUGCCUCUCUGCCGCCCCCUGCUGACCAUGCAGAGUGUGUGUACAGUGGUCCUUGUACUCGCCACCGCUGCCCUCACCUUGGCAGACCCCGACACGCACAGGCCGAGACAUGACUCCAACCUGGAGAUCUACAAACGGCUGUUUGAGACCAAGAGGAAGGAUCAGCUGAACGCGCUCAAGAAUCUGGUGGAGCUGAACGACAUCAACCAGCAAUACAAGAUCAUAGACAUCAUGCUCAAAGGACUCUUCAAGGUGCUGGAGGACUCGAGACAGAUCCUGGUUGAAGCCAACAUGCAGCCUGACGACCCCUUCCCCAUGGAUGAUAAGAUCAAGGAAGCUUAUUCCCACGUGGUGGAGAACACAGCCUUUUUUGGUGACGUGGCGCUGCGGUUCCCCCGUAUUGUCCACCAUUACUACGACCGGAACGCUGACUGGGGUGGUCUGCUGCGCUGGGGCCUGAACUUCUGUAACCAGACAGGGGUUUUCACAGGAGGAGCUCACCAACAUGUCCUCACACUAAUGUCACAGGAGCUGGGAAUAACUGAGAAGUCUCCAGACUUUAUAAACCCGUAUCGCACGGAGAGAGACGACGUGCUUCACACUGCCGAGGCUUUCCAGAAGAUCCUAAGGGAGGAGGAGAAGAGGAGGAGGAAGGAAGAGAAGAGGAAAGAAAUCAGGAAAGGCCCUCGCAUCUCCCGCUCUCGCACUGAGCUGUAGCGCUGCACCUCAGAGCUUGUGGAGAGCAGAGAAGACGAGGAAGCAGCAUACGCACAGAUCACAAGGGGUGGCUUGACGUGUAGACUCCGACAGCGCCGGAAACAAACGCUGCCAUCACUUGUCCAAAAGCCAGGUGCUCUGCUGAAAACAAGAGAAGAACCCUCAGUGCGACUCUACCAGUGAAGUGGAAGUAGAGGCCGGUCCGAAUUUGACAAAGGCCUCAACUGCUGUACUCUUACAGCCAUUUAUAAUUGGAAACUCUAACGUCAUAUAAGAGGUUAUAGACCUCUCUGGAACAGGAUCUGAUAAGGGAAGCUCAUUUUUAAUUACUUGAGGAUUAUAUAGCUGUACUUUGGGAUAUAAUUAAUUUUAGUCUAAUAAAUUUGCUUCAGAACUUUGCAAACCCUUAUCAUACUGUCUGGUCUAGAUUUGAUGUGUCUAAAGCGCAUAUGCUUCAAAUACGUGUGGUUGCCAAAUAUAAAUUUGACCUCACCUCAUUUAAGUGUGCUCAGUUUCUAGUUAGGUUAAAUGUAAUUUACAGUGGAAUACAGUUUGAUUUCAUUUGCUUUUCUGAGAUUUGUUAGAGAAUGUUUGUGAGUUGUAAGGUUUAUGUUCUUAUUGCUGCUCAAAGUACAAGAUGCAAGUAUAUUUUGUUUGCCUUAAGGAUGGUGAAAUUAGUUACCAGUGGUUAAUUUUUUGUUUCUUUCUGAAUGCUUAGUUUAUCACUAUCUGAGGGAUCAUUAAGUCUUUUGAAACCAUUAGUCAAUUCUUUUUACACCAGUCUGUUGUUGUUUUACUUAAUAGAAUUUUAUUUACUCUGUUGGAAAACAAAUCUGUCAGCCAGUGACCCUUCAUCCUCUUUCUUUGUUAAAUACUUAGCCUUUUUUUUUUAUUCCUAUGCUUUUUAUCUUUCGGAAAUCGACAUAAUUUAAUGAUUUAGGUAUAUGGAAUUGAGAUUGGUGUAAUUUUGAGAUUGUGUUAUGACUUAUACAACUAUAUGUAUAUUCAGAGAAAGAAUAAUGUUGCUGCAGAAUAAACAAGCCAUUUUGUUAUCAGAUUUAAUGAAAUAAAGUGACUCGUAUGUA